AGUAAACAGUAGAGUCAAAAAUAUUAAAAUAUCAUAUCAGUUGAUUUUAGCCACCAGUUGCAACGGUGUUAUUAAAAGAUUACAGAUUUCAACUGAAUAUUUGCACUAAAGUGAUCAAGAUGGCUACAUUUUCUCAAUCAACAAUGAAAACAUGCUCUGAUUCUAUUAUAGACUUUUGUUGUUCGCCGUGUCUUGAGCACAAAAUUGACCAGUGGGCGGAGUUGUACUGCGAUACCUGUCAGAAAUUUUAUUGUGCAGAAUGUGUCACUCUCCAUGGCCAGUUAUUUGGGAAACAUGUGACGUAUGGAAGGGGAGACACAAGUAAGUGGCCAGCCUCCAAGGAAGUGCAGGAUUUCCUUCUGAAGUGUGACCUUCAUGAAGACAAACAUCUAAAAAUGUACUGCAAUGACCACAGUCAGCUGUGCUGCACUAAUUGUGCUUUCCUCAAUCACAGACUGUGUACUAAAGUAACACUUAUAUCUGAGUCAGCCAGAGGACCUCUGCCAGACUUGCAGCAACUAUCAAGAAAGAUCCAAACUAUACUCGAAGAAGUCAAGAAACUUGAGAACCAUUGGAACACCAACAUACUGACUUUGCAAGCUUCAUACGACAAACUAUUAGAUGAAAUACGUGACACACGCCAGACAAUGAAUAUCAUUUUAGACAAGAUUGAAAAAAACACUAUACAAGAGCUAGAUGAUAAGAUGACCAGUCUAAAAGCUUCUAUUAAGACUGAUUUAGACAUCUGCAUCAAGCUUAAAAAUGAACUAAAACAACUCAGUGGCGCAAUAAAUGACAUUAUUGAUAAGGGCAAAGCAGAACUCACAUUUAUUGCAAGUAAGAAAUGUCUGAAACAAGUAAAGCAAUCUGAAACUUAUCUGAAGGGCAACUCUGUUCAGGUAGAAAGUUCACUAACAUUCCAGGCAGACAGUGAUGUUCAACAGUACUUGUCUAUAUUGUCAGGUCUGGGGAAGAUUGUACUCGGUACCAAGAAAAUAUUAGUGUUCAGUGAUCAGGCACUCAGUAUACAAGGAAAGUCAGAGUAUAAUGUGAGCAAACCAAGUGAUCCAGAUAGAAUCUGCGCUACUAUCAGUGCCAUCUGUGUUCUCUCUGAUGAUGAGAUCCUUGUUGCAGAUCAAACUAAUAAACAAGUUAAGCUACUCAAUCAUCAAUACCAGGUGGUGUUUUAUUGUGAAUUAACUGGUUGGCCAUCGGACAUGUGUAAAAUCACACCAAGUGAAGUAGCUGUUACUGUGUAUCUGCAGAUUGAGACUGAUGGUGAGGUCCAGUUUUUCUCUGUGAAUGUAGGGAAGUGUGCAGUGAGUCCUUCAGGUGACAAGAUAUUUGUCACCAACCCUUUCCAUCACAAGGUCCUCACCCUGGCCACAGAUGGCACAGUUCUCCACACCUUUACCGACCCAGACCUGCAAGCACCAAAUGGUAUCCAUGUUACUGAUCUGGGACAGGUUCUGGUCUGUGGAUAUGCAUCCAGGACUAUCAUUCAGCUGGAUGGUGAAGGCAAGAAGAAGCUGACAACUCUUGCUUCCAAGAGGGAUGGACUAGCUUACCCAGUGUCAGUCUACUUCAAUAGGAGCACAGCAUCCAUCAUUGUGGGACAAUGUAAUAGUAACAAAAUCCUAGUGUUUAAAGUAAAAUAG